CUCUCUCUCUCUCUCUCUACCUCCCCUAGAAUCCAAGACUCAACCCAAGCUUCUUCCCCCCUCUCUUCUCUCUCUGUCUCGCUCUCUCUCGUGCAAUGUUCUCCACGGGCAUCUAUGGCGUGAUGGAUGGGAUUCAGAGAGGACCUUGGCCUCUCUGAAUUUUCCAGAAGAAACUUUGGUUUUCUUGAUAAGAGUUUUCCGGGCCAAGAAAGUUUGAAGAAAGGGAGAAGUUCUGCUGGGUUAGUUCAUGUUCUGGGUGGAGAGCUUUCCCCGUUAAAGUCAGAGCUCAUGAAGCUCUCAUGCAAGUUCCACGUGUCCGUACCCUAGCGCCGACAAUGAUUCCUUGGCGGGUAUGGAAUGAUGGGAAUAUGGCUUCAUGGAGAGCUAAGGCCUGACUGUUGAUUUCUUCCUGGAGGCUUGGAAUCAAAUUUAGACUGGCAACAGCUUUCCUGAUCUCUAGUUAUAGUGGGGCAAAUCUCCUUUGGCAACAUAUUCAGGUUUCUGACUGAAACGAUUCAGGCUUUUGUGGACAUUUCAAACUUUCACCUACUCAGCAAAACUUCAGCAUCGCAGAAGUGCUUUGAGGAGACUUAAUUUGAUGAACUAUCUGAGGAAAUGUUGCACAUGCUCGCUUUUUCCACAAGUCCAUCCUUGCAGUCUUCAGCAGCUUCACUCAGACCUGUGCAAGUAUUCUGAACAAGAAGUCAUCGCUUGUUAGACUUCUGUGACUGGAAAACUAUUCGAAAGUUUCUGCUGCUGGAAACUUUGGCUCUAAGUCCAUUUUUUUGGGCAAAUCUCCUUUGGCAUUUCGGAGUCCUUAGUUGGCUCCGUUUAUCCCUGUAAACCAGGGGCAAAUCUCCUUUGGCAUCGGUUCUCCAGAUUUAACAGUCACAUUCUCUGCUAGAUAUUGACUUGUUAUCUGGACCGAAAAGGUAUAACUAUAUAAUAUUACAAGUGUGUUACUGAAAAGAUUGAUCAGCUUGACACUGGAGCAUACAUAUUGCGUCGCAGAAAAGCAUCAAGAAAGUCACUUGUAUGGGAAGAUUGAGCGCAAGUUGUUCUAAAAUUUCUCAAGCUAGUGCAAGUUUGGAGGUAUUUGGAGAAAUGGAUUCUCUCUUCAGCGAGUCUGACUGGGAUAGUUUUAGUGAAAGCAGUGAGGAGAUGGACUUACUGUUCCAAGGUCAGGCUGUGAACCUCUUGUCUAACCUGGAGGAGAGCAUUGGCAAAAUCGAUGACUUCCUUUCUUUCGAAAGAGGAUUUUUUCAUGGUGACAUAGUGUGCUCUGUACAAGACCCAUCUGGCCAACUGGGCAAAGUCAUAAACAUAGAUAUGUUUGUUGACUUGGAGAGCGUUCACGGGAAGAUCAUCAGAGACAUAAACUCCAAGAAACUAAUCAAAAUUCGCUCGAUUUCGGUGGGUGAUCAUGUUGUUUAUGGACCCUGGCUUGGAAGAGUGGAUAAAGUAAUUGAUUCUGUCACCAUACUGUUCGAUGAUGGGACAAAGUGUGAUUUCAUAGGAGUUGAUCAAGAAAAACUCAUUCCUAUUUCUACAAACAUUGUCGAUGACUCGCAAUAUCCAUAUUAUCCUGGACAGAGGGUGAAGGUUAUGGCUCCAACUGCUUCUCAAACUGCAAGAUGGCUAUGUGGAAGUCGGAAGGCGAACCAAGAAGAAGGAACAGUGUGCGAUGUAAAAGCCGGUUUUGUGCAUGUGGAUUGGAUCGGGUCCGUUCUCAUGGAUGGUGAUUUCCAUUUUCCUCAACCCUCAAAAUUGCAAGAGGCAAAAGACCUUGCGCUGUUGAGCUCUUUUCCGCAUGCAAAUUGGCAGCUUGGUGAUUGGUGUAUGCUUUCAGGCACAGAAUGCAAGAAUCGUCUUGGCAGUUCUGGAAAAUUGUACAAAGGCUUUCAGAGACAGGGCACCAGUUUAAGUUCUGCAUCAUUGUUUGCUAUUGCAAGGACGAAAACAAAGGUCGAUGUUGUUUGGCAGGACGGUGGUUGUUCACUCGGAGUAGAUUCGGAAUCUUUGCUUCCCAUAAAUAUUAUUGACUCUCAUGAGUUUUGGCCUGAGCAGUUUGUUUUAGAAAAAUGCAGCCCUGAUGAUCCACAUACUCCGAUUAGUCGGAAAUGGGGUGUUGUCCGAGGCAUGGAUGCUAAGGAAAAGACCGUAAGGAUAAUGUGGAAAAACACUUCGAUGGAGACGCCUGAUGAUAUUGAUGGAGAACAUCUUGAGGAAACCAUGAGUGCUUAUGAGCUACUCGAGCACCCAGAUUAUUCCUACUGCCUCGGUGAUAUUGUGUUUAGAGUGGUUCAAAAUCAGUCUAUUGUCAAAGCUACAAAGGAUCUUGUGGAGACAGAAGCUACAAAGGCUGAGGAGGCCGUCCUCGAAAGCGAAAAGUUUGGGAGAGAUCACAAGGGCAACCCCAACAAUUUUUACUUGUCCUGUAUUGGCAACGUUGCAGGCUUCAAAGAUGGUGCUGUCAAGGUGAAAUGGGCAAAUGGUCUUACAACAGAGGUUGCACCCUAUGAGAUCAUUCGAUGUGAUAAACAUGAAGGUUCAACUCCAUCUUCAUUGCCAUUUGAUGGAAACAUUGAGCAAAUUAAUCAGCAGGUGGUUGAAAAUGAGACAGUACCAAUCCAGAAAGGAAAGGAUUUGCUGUUUCCUUGUACAACUGAUGAAGAAUGUCGGAAGCCCUCUUCUGGAAGCACCUCCUUUUUACUCCCACAGAAUGCUAUGCGGUUUUUAACCAGUGUUGCAGCAACCCUAUUCAGAUCCUUCAGCUCGGUGUCCGAGUCAGGCUCUGUGCAAUUUGCUCCGAUUUCUGAAGACGAAAAUGGAUGUCAAGCUUCUUUUGAAAAUGUGGUAGUCGAGAAUUGCUGUGAUACAGGUUCAGAGAUUCCAUCUUGUGCGGAGAAUGAGCUGCCAGCAUCCGAAUGGACAAGUUCAAAAGUUGAAGUAAAAGAUGAUCAAGAUGUGAGGGGCCUUUUAAGUUCAUCCAAGAGCAUGGAUGUGGAACAAUUCAAGCAGUUCGAUAUGGUCACGGAUUGCUCCGAUCACCACUUUCUUGAUGGUGCUGACAAAGGAGUGGCUACAUCUCAGGUUAAGAAAGGUUGGUUGAAGAAGGUUCAGCAAGAGUGGAGCAUCUUGGAGAAAAAUCUUCCUGACUCAAUCUAUGUCCGCGUCUAUGAAGAAAGGAUCGAUCUCCUACGAGCAGCUAUUGUUGGUCCUCCAGGAACUCCCUAUCAUGAUGGCCUUUUCUUCUUCGACAUUUUCCUCCCUCCAGAAUUUCCAAACGAGCCACCGAUGGUACACUACCACUCUGGAGGGCUUCGUGUGAACCCUAACCUGUACGAAUCCGGAAAAGUCUGUCUCAGCCUUUUGAAUACUUGGACGGGCUCGGGCUCUGAAGUUUGGAACCCCGGAAGUUCCACUGUUCUUCAGGUUCUUGUGUCUCUCCAGGCCCUUGUGCUUAAUGACAAGCCAUACUUCAACGAAGCCGGGUAUGACAAGCAACUCGGGAAAACCGAGGGCGAACGAAACUCCGUUAGUUACAACGAAAAUGCGUUCCUCAUGACAUGCAAGUCCAUGCUGUAUCUUCUGCGCAAGCCGCCCAAGCAUUUCGAGGCACUUGUGGAAGAGCACUUCAGCAGCCACAGUGACGAUAUUCUCUAUGCUUGCAAGGAGUAUAUGAAAGGCGCUCCAGUGGGAUUUGCUUCCAGAGCUGAAGAAAAAGCACAAGAAACUCAAAAGGGAAGCUCCACCGGGUUUAAGAUCAUGCUCGCCAAGCUAUUCACUAAGCUCAUCGAUGCAUUCACAGAAAAGGGGAUGGACUGCAGCCAGUUUCUCAGUGCAUGAAAACUGAAUCUCUAUGACUUCGUUGUCAAGAAACACGAAGCAGAAAAUCAUCUCUGGGGUUUCAAACACUCAUACAUAACGUGUGGAUUUGGUGCUGUGGUGGCCUGAUGGGCAUUCUGUACAUAGGUGUUGUGCUGUGUGCGCGCUUGAAUCAAGAAUAAAACACCUCAAGUGAUGCAAGGUGUUGUGGAUGCUUGCUGUGUUCUGAUGUGUUGUUAUGUAAUGGCUUGGUGUAAAAGCUCUGAGAACAACAAUGGCAUAAGGACUGUCAUGUCCUGCCCGUUGCCUUGUGUUA